GUAUCCGCAUGGCAGACAGAGCAUGCCGCGGCAGUGGAACGAGGUGAUUCCUUGGAGGCCAAAGGCAAGGAGGACACUGGCAAUUUCACGUCCCAACUGGAGCAGCUGCGUGCUGAGCUUUCGACAGAGCAGGAAGGGCGCUCUUCCGAUGCUUCGAAGGCUGCUGCGGUCGUGGAAGGACUUAAUGCCACGAUCCAGCGCUUGCAGCAUGACCUGUCUGAUGGGGAUGCUGCCCGGGAGCAGUUGUUGAAGGAGGCAACUGACAAGGCCAACAGCCUAUCGCACGAGCUGGAUGAUUGGAAGUCUGAGUUUGCCAAAGCCACAGAAGCAGCACGGGGAGCCUCCGAAGAGGCUGCCAAUGAGAAAGCCCAACUUCUCCAGUCCUUAGAGCAGUGGCGCGCCGAAUGCGCCGAGGAAGUGUCACUCAAGGAGGCCAAAGAAAAGGAGGCCACCCAGUUGGCGGCACAG